AUGACUGCUGUGGCGUCUCCACCAAGUGUGCAAUCUGGGCCUCGUUUGGGGUGGCAUCCUGCCGUUGAUGGUGGACAAGGAACGCUUGCCCCUUCGAACUCAGACGAAGGACUACGAAUGUUUAUGCCUCGGAAAAGUGUCCAACGAGCAAACUCUUCAUCGUCACUGAAUUCAAACUCGUCUUCAACAUCUACUAUAAUCGCGAAUUCGCAACACAGUAAUGCUAACCACGCAUCCAACGAGUCGGGAUCUGCGGCAUCUAAGAAAAAGCCAUACAAAUAUAGUUGGUCUAACUCGAAGGCUGAACCAGUGUCGGGGGUGACGAAUGCAAGAUCUCAACCUGUGUCCAUAACGCCGUCUGGGACCUCGGCAUCAUCCGCUAUGUCUGCUCUUCAUCAACCGACCCCAGUUGCCCCAUCUCAACAUGCGCUCCAAAACCAGCAACAAAAUGGUAGCCGACUCACCAAUGGUGCCUUACCCAGUGACCCUCCGGCGAUCCUGACGUUAUUGCCAGUAAAUGGGACAUUUGAAAGAAAGCAGAUAACGGUUCCCUAUUUCCCUGAAGUACUCCGUGUCGGAAGACAAACUAACGCGAAAACGGUUCCCACGCCGGUGAAUGGUUAUUUUGAUUCAAAAGUGCUCUCACGACAGCAUGCAGAAGUUUGGGCUGACCGGGCGGGGAAAAUUUGGAUAAGAGAUGUGAAAUCAUCCAAUGGAACGUUCGUCAAUGGGCAACGUUUAUCUCCGGAGAAUCGCGAUUCCGAACCACACGAACUUCGAGAACAUGACACGCUUGAGCUUGGGAUUGAUAUUGUGAGUGAAGACCAGAAAUCUAUUGUCCACCAUAAAGUUUCGGCGAAAGUAGAGCAUGCUGGAAUUUAUGGCCCGAAUAUGAACAUCUUGGAUUUGAGCUUUGGCGACAUUGACCCGACUGCUGGCGGUGGGCUUCUUCCUUCACAUCUCAGCCUACCUCUUUCGCACAUGCGUGGCAGACCUGGGAGCGCUGCUUCUGUUGGUAGUAAUCGCAGCAACCAAAGCGCGGCUGGAAAUCAUGUGGGCAUUUUACACCAACAGCGACAAAUGAACUACUGGCUCUCCCCCAUCUCUAUCGAGCAGGUGGUGAAACGGCUAUCGUCUGAGAUGAAACAAGCAAAACAACAGGCUCACGAUCUCAACCAAACCAACAACUUUCUAAGUCAUUUGGUCUCCCAUGAUAUCUUAGAAAAAGAACGGGCAAAACAUUCUCCCACCGAGAGUCAAGGUGGUGGGCGUUUAGUGAACGGACGCCCCAAGAUGCCAAAAGUGGAUCAGAUAUCCAGAUUUUCAGACCCACCAGCCCCCCCACCACAACAACCCUUACCAGAGAAGCCUGAUGCUCCGCCUCGUACCAACUCGGAUUCUAUGCCACAACCGAGUUUGAAACGAUCUGACACGGAGAAACCCAAGGCUCCCAUUCGUUCGUCAGCAAAUCGGGAAUCAAGCCAGAUACUAUCACUUAUAGAAGCGUUGGCGUCAGCUAAGAAAGACCUUGAUGCACAGGGUGCUCGAGUUAAAGAGCUAGAAAAUCUACUCUUGACGGAGCGUGCAGCCAGAGAACAGGCUGAGGAACGAGCACGAAACCUAGAGGGAAGUGCCUCUGAACAGAAAGCAGAUUCGGAAGUAGUGGCAGUCUGUGAACCGCAUUCUACAUCAGAGAACGGCGCCACUGUAGUAGUUGAAGAGGUAUCUCUUGUCGAACCUUCAGAACCGGAAGAGUCAAACCUAUCUUCUGAUUCGACCCUGCCUCAGCAGAGCAAGACGUCGUCCGAUGCAAUUUCUCAGCAGCUCCAACAGCGCCUCGAUAGCAUGAUUGCUGAAAUGGACGAAAUGAGGAAACAAGUGGCCAAGUAUAAACAGUCUGCAGAGAAAGCUGAAAACGAGGCUUUUGAGAGCCGCAAAACCCUUGGUGAAAUGAUCGAACAGAUUCGAAGGACCCAAACUGAAACCUCCGCUAGUUCAUCAUCGGAAGCCAUCAAAAUCGGUUUGGAUGAUACUCACACUGAAGGUGAUACCCUGGUUGAUAUCUUGAACGAGAGGCUGGCUCAAGCAAAAGGCCCACAAAACACUAGCUCAACAUCACACCAUCUCGAUCAAGCAAGCAAGGAGGUAUAUGGGGCGUAUGUGAAACAGCGUCAUAAAAACAUGCUGGACCACAGUGCGCCGUACGCUUCGAUGCUCGGUGUAGUCCUUUUAGGUGUGGGAAUCAUGGCGUAUUUAAACGGCUGGCAGAGAGGGGAUAAAUGACUAACUAACUGUGCCGCCUAUUAUCCCUCCUUCCUCUCUUUCGUCCUAUUUCCAGCAGCUAGAAAUUUAAUCGUUAGGAUAGGCGGUCUUCCUGAC